GCACGAGUUUAGUAUCUUUGUAAACAGCGUUAGUACAAGUAUUACAAAUCGACUGCAAAUAUCCAGCGACAAGCUAUCAUAAUUUAUCGAAAGCUACUGCAAAAAAUAAAAGAAUAGUAAUGACAACCAGUUUUAGAAUCAAUGGAAAUCCAUAUACAGAAAAAAAUAGUUGAUCUGAAAUCUCUACCGGCCGAUGUAACAUUGAAUACUUUUAUACGUGAACAUGCCCAGCUAACGGCCACUAAGUUUAUGUGUUUGGAGGGAGGAUGCGGAGUAUGUGUGGUUGCGAUUAAAGGUAAACAUCCGGUGACAGGUGAACUGCGUACUUGGGCUGCCAAUUCGUGCUUAAUGCUAUUAAGCGCUUGUAUCGAUUACGAGAUCAUCACAUGUGAAGGCAUUGGCAACAAACGUGACGGUUAUCAUCCCAUACAGAAACGCCUGGCCAAGUUGAAUGGCACCCAGUGCGGGUAUUGUUCACCUGGUUUCAUCAUGAACAUGUAUAGCUUGCUGGAAUCCAAACAGGGCGGUCUCACUAUGGAUGAAAUUGAAAAUUCGUUUGGGGGCAACAUUUGUCGUUGUACUGGUUAUCGUCCUAUACUCGAUACAAUGAAAUCAUUUGCUGUUGACAGCAUUAUACAAUUACCGUCAGAGUAUAGGGAUAUUGAAGAUCUGAUUUCUAAGACAUGUCCUAAAAUCAACGAAAAUUGUUCGGGACAUUGUCGGCGACCUAUCAAAUCCCUGUUGUUUAAUGACGGCGCUGAAUGGUACUGGCCCAAAACUCUACAAGAGCUCUUUGAAACUUUAAAUAAAAUUAAUACGAUCGAUGAGUAUAUGUUAGUGGGGGGAAACACUGCACAUGGUGUCUACCGCCGAUCCGAAAAUAUAAAGAAUUUCAUUGACAUUAACGCUAUUCCCGACUUGAAAAAGCAUAGCUUGACCUCGGAUACAUUAACAUUGGGAGCAAAUCUCAAUCUUAGUGAAACUAUGAAUAUAUUUAUGAAGGCAUCAAAAAAAUCGGGUUUUGAAUAUUGCCAACAACUGUGGCAACACUUCGACUUAAUAGCCAAUGUUCCCGUCAGAAAUAACGGGACGCUAGCCGGUAAUAUUUCCAUCAAGAAAAUGCAUCCUGAAUUUCCAUCGGAUAUUUUUAUAACUUUCGAAGCUUUAGAUGUUCAGGUCGUAGUCAACACUAGCGCUAUAAAGCAACAAACAAUGUCUUUAGCCGAUUACUUGAGCGACAACACCCCGAAAUUAGUAAUAUCUGCCUUCGAAUUAAAGUCUUAUCCAAAGAGUAGAUUCAUAUUCAAAUCUUACAAGAUAAUGCCUCGCGCUCAGAAUGCUCAUGCAUAUGUAAACGCAGGAUUUUUGUUGGACUUUGACUCAACCGCCCGCAAAGUUAAUGAUGCUCGCAUUUGCUUUGGUGGUAUAACCCCAGAAUUUAUUCAUGCCGAAUCUAUAGAGGAAAUGCUGAAAACGCAAUGUUUUUAUGAUAAAACUGUAGUAGAGAAGACUUUUUCUCAAUUGCCUAAAGUCUUAAAUCCUGAUGCCGAGUUAACUGAUGCUUCACCUGAAUACAGGCGAAAGUUAGCUUGUGGCUUAUUGUUGAAAUGUUAUUUAGACUCAACGCCUUCGGACAAAGUUAAAGAAGAAUUUAGAAGCGGUGGUCCUAUGUUAAUAAGAAAGUUAUCCUCCGGAAUUCAAAGUUUUGAGAGUAAUAAGAAGAAUUUUCCUUUAAAUCAGCCGGUACAGAAACUUGAAGCUCUUAUACAAUGUUCCGGGGAAGCAACAUAUAUGAAUGACAUGCUUACUUAUGGUAAUACUGUUUAUUGUGCUUUUGUAACCGCCACAAAAGUGAAUGCUACUAUAGAACAGAUUGAUGCUUCCGAAGCUUUAAAGAUGCCUGGCGUUAUAGCUUUCUUUUCGGCCAAGGAUAUACCCGGUACAAAUACUUUUGUAGAUCAAGCUUUUGGUUAUGAGGUAGAAGAAAUUCUAUGUCCCGAUACGGUACGUUAUUACGAUCAACCAUUAGGCAUAAUUGCCGCCAUUAACACUAACAUAGCAAACCAAGCCGCGUCCAAGGUGCGAGUUAUCUACUCCUAUGAUACUGACCUAGUAAUGUCAACUAUGGAGGAUGUGUUUGAAAAUGAACAAUUAGAUCGUGUUUAUAAUAUUUUGCCUUCGUCUAUUAAGGCUAUUAGACUGAGUGAUAACGCAGACAUUACGGCUAGUGGAAUAUUCCAAAUCGGUUUGCAAUACCAUUUUACCAUGGAACCACAAACAUGUGUAGCAGUGCCGUAUGAACAGGGACUACAAGUGUGGUCUGCCACCCAAUGGAUGGAUCAUACACAGUCUGUUAUAGCAAAAAUGCUAAAACUAAAAGCAGCGGAAGUUCAACUAAAAGUCAGACGCUUGGGUGGAGGUUAUGGCUGUAAAAUUACCCGAGGCAAUGCGGUAGCAUGUGCCGCGUCGUUAGUAGCCUAUAAACUCAACCGACCCGCACGUUUCAUUCAGACCAUUGAAUCAAUGAUGAACUCUAAUGGAAAGCGUUGGGCCUGUCGUUCCGAUUACGAAUUUCAUGUCAAAGCUAAUGGAAAAAUUGUUGGAUUGAAAAACGUUUUCUACGAAGACGCUGGUUGUACAUUAAAUGAAAACCCAGUUACCGGCCAUGCCACACUUACUGUUAAGAAUUGCUAUGAUUUUACCGCUGACAAUUACAAAAUCGACGGCAAUGCUGUGAAAACGGACGCACCUAGCUCAGCUUGGUGCCGUGCUCCCGGUUCAGUAGAAGGUGUUGCUAUGAUUGAAAAUAUAUUAGAACAUAUAGCUUUUGAGACACAGAUUGACCCAGCCGACGUCCGUUUGAUUAAUAUAAAGAAGGAUAAUAAAAUGGCUGAACUGUUACCCCGAUUUCUUAAAUCCACCGAAUAUCGAGAAAGACGCAAAGAAAUCGAUUCGUAUAAUGAGAAAAACCGUUGGCGCAAACGCGGUUUGGGCUUAGCUAUAAUGCAAUACCCUUGCGGUUACUUCGGACAAUUUACAGCUACGGUUUCAAUAUAUCAUGCGGAUGGUUCGGUGGUCAUAUCUCAUGGUGGCAUAGAAAUGGGUCAAGGUAUUAAUACCAAAGCUGCUCAAGUGGCAGCGUAUGUUUUAGGCAUACCUCUGGAUUAUGUUAAGGUUGAAUCGAGCGAUACUAUAAAUGGAGCAAAUUCCACAGUAUCUGGUGGCGCAGUAAGCAGUGAGAGCGUGUGCUUUGCUGUUCGAAAAGCUUGCAACACUUUGAAUGAGCGUUUAAAACCAGUAAAGGAAAGUAUGAAAAAAGAGGCUUCUUGGAUGGAUGUAGUUGAAGAAGCUUGGAUCCGAAAUAUAAAUACUAUAGCGAGUGAUUAUCACAAAGAAGGUGAUAUGAAACCGUACAAUAUAUAUGGCUUGGCCUUAACUGAAGUUGAAGUGGAUAUUUUAACUGGUAAUAACUUGGUCACGCGGGUAGACAUAUUAGAGGAUACGGGUGAAAGCAUAAGUCCAUAUGUCGACAUAGGUCAAGUGGAAGGAGCCUUUAUUAUGUGCUUGGGCUAUUGGUUAACUGAGCAGUUGUUGUUUGAUCGGCAAACAGGCCAAUUAAUGACGAAUCGUACUUGGACUUAUAAACCACCAGGAGCGAAAGAUAUACCUAUCGAUUUUCGCAUAGAACUAUUACAAAGUGUACCGAAUCCUGGGGGUUUUAUGCGCUCCAAAGCGACAGGCGAACCGCCUUGCUGUUUAGCGGUAAGCUCCAUAUUUGCAAUACAACACGCGUUGCAAUCAGCGCGCAAAGACGCCGGCUUGAAACGAGAAUGGGUGCGACUAGGUGCACCUACCACGCCGGAGACAAUUGUCUUGAAUGCGGGUCACGAUAUCAAUUCAUUUUCAUUGGAAUAAAUUUAAGCAUGCAAUGAAACUUAGAAAAAAGAAUUUACCUUUCUUUUGUACAAUGUAAUGGUUCGUUACAGCCAAAUGCAGAUAAAUUAGAUCUUGAAACAGGUUACUUCUUUCUUUCGUGCACUUAAUGCACGACUGCUGCAGAUUUUUCAGGUAAAUUUAACGCGUCAAAAUAUAUAACGACGAUGACAUGAAGUAAAAUACACCGAAUUCUCUUUUUACAUGAUGGAUACGUUUCCAGAAAAUUCAUAGAAUAUUGAAAAUCGUGUUAAAAAAAACAAUUCACAUAAGAAAAUUUUUUUCUUUUUAACUCGUGUUGAAUCGAAUUUCGUGUAAAUAAACUCCGUGUAAAAAAAAAA